AUGGGCAUAUGCUAUUCUCACGAUACACGAAUUUGCUCUGAAGAAUUUUAAUCAAUACCUCUUCCUAAUUUAUAAUAAGAAUUUACUGAUGAAUUUACCCAGUAGGAAAAUUAGGUUACCGUCAGUUAGUCCAAGAAAGAUUUUGAUGCUGAUUUACCAAUUUAGACUUUGUAAAAUAAUUUAAACUCACAUCCUCUUUCCAAAACUCUCUAUAUCAUUUAUAAUAAAUGUAGAAUUGAGAGACCAAUAGAAGUGGAAUAAGGAACAUAUUAAGGAUAAUGGUUUGCAGGAAAAUAGUGCGGUUUUGGCCGUAUGUAUUACAAAAAUAAAGACUAUUAUGAAGGAUUCUGGUUACUUGGUCGAAAACAUCAUAUGGGAAUUUUCAUUUAAAUGAAUUAGCAACCUCUUAUUGGAGAAUGGUUUGAUGAUAAAUUUCUUGGAAAUGAUAUAUCUAAUAAUCUUACAAAAGAUUCUAAGCUCGCUUAUUCUAAUUUACUUAAUGUACUUGAAUUAUUUAUCAUUAUUCAGCUUUAACCUAUUCAAAUAAAGGAUUAACUAUACUAUGGAGAGUAUACAAACAAUGGUAAAUAAGGUUUUGGGUUGUGCAUUUAAAAAGGAGAAUAUAAAUUUAUAGGGUAUUUCUCAAAUGACAAAAAAUAAGGUUAUGGUAUUGAAAUAACAAAGAGUGAUGUUUAUAGAGGUUGUUUUAAAGAUGGACUUAGAUGUGGUAUUGGUCAUCUAAAAAAGAAUAAGAAUUUAUUUAUAGGUAAGAAUAAUAUAAUAUUAUAAGGCUAGUUUGAAAAUAAUUAACCAACGACUAAUGGUAUUUCAAUUUAAAUUUGAGUAAUUUUAAUAAAUAUUUGUUUUUUUAUUAUGGAUCACUUAUCUUAAAGACAAUUACUAUAAUUAUUGUAUGAAAAGGAUUGUUAUAUUUAAGCACUUGAAUAGUAAUUAGAAUUUAGUAGAUAAGAGGUUUCAUUACUAAAAAGUUAAAAAUAAUCAAUAAUUAUUCAAAAUCUUUCAUCAGAUGAAGAUUGUAAUUUAGAUGAGAAUUCAGAACCUGCAAUAAGUGAUAGUAGAGUAGAAUAGUUUUAAAGUUCAGGCAAGAAGAUUAAAUUAAAGGCUCCUCUAUAAGAAAGCAAUAAUUUUAAUGUUUCUUAAUUUAGACAAUCUACUUAAUACUUAAAACAGAAAGUAUUGGAUUCAUUUGAUAUUUAAAAUGUUACUAUUGAUAAUUUAAAGGUUAUAAGAAAUAAUGAUUAAUUAUUUGAUGAUUUAUAUAUUUUAGGAUUAGGAUUAGAAUUAUCAAAUGAUCCAUAAGUGAUAUAUUCAUACAAUUAAGUUAGUAAAUAUUUAUAAUCAAAUUAGAAAAUUAAUAAUAUAUACUUUAAAUAUCAAAAUUUAUAUUCCCAGAUGGAUGUAAACCUAAAGUUAUACCAUUGUCUUUUAGUUUAGAAGAUAUUAAUUUAAUGAUGAAUUAAAAUUAUUCAAUAGAUUCUUCUAAUUGUUUUGUUAUUUUGACAAAAUAAACUGAAUAACAAUAAUUAAAAUAUCAUAUUUGUUAUCGUUAUACUGAUUUUACUAUAUUAAGUAAUGAAUAAGUCAGAUUUAGUAAAAGAGCUAUCUGUUUAACAACAAGCAAAUAUUUAAUUGACUUUUAUUAACAAAUUCUAAUUGCAAUAUUAUCAUAAUUAAAAUGCAUGAGAAAUAAUUUAUAUUUAAGAACUAAAAGUAUUUCAUAAAUAGAUACUAAUUUCUUUGAUAAGAAUAUUGCAUAAAUAAGUUUUAGAAUUUUAUCUUAACUUACUUAAAAGAAUUCUCUUAAUUUUAUAACAAUUAAUAAUUAAGAAUUAAAAAUAUGUGAAAAUGAUAAUAUUUUAUGGGUAUAAAUAUUUGAAAUAUUAGGGAAUUCCACAAUUAUUUAAGAAAUUGAAUUCUUAAAGUUUGAUUAAAAUAUUUGUAAGUUGUUUAAUUGAAAAAUCAAUUGUAUUUGUUAGUAAAUCACCAUAAUUAUCAACUGCAGCUUGUUUAUUAUGCUAAAAAUACUUACUUAAACCAUUUGCAUGGAUCCAUCCUAUAAUAAGUAAUUUACCAUUGGAAAAUAUAGUUUAUUUAGGAAGUCCAGUUCCUAUAAUUGCAGGUUUAGAAUGUGUAAAUAUAAUUGAUAAAUUUAGAAUUUUACUACUCUUUAGAGUCAAGGAGUUAUAAAUAAAUUUUAAAAUACUAUUUUUAUUAAUUUAGAUAGUAAAUAAUAAAUAUAAUUUGGUAAUACAGAUGCUAUUCCAUUAUUAUCAGCAGAAUUAAUGACAUAUUUAUUAGGAAGAUUGGAUUCUUACUUUUAAAUUGUAUAAUAAAAUCAUAACAAUUACAGUUAAUGUCUGUAAAUUUUUAAUUAGUUAUUUCAUGCCAGAGUAAUAAGAAAUAUUCCAAUAGAACCAAUUAGAUAGAAUACAAAUUAAACAUCUAAAAAAUCUACUAAAUUAAUUUUAGAUUAUGACAAAAUAGCCUUAAAAACAUUAUAAAAUAUGGGAACAAUUAAUGCAGAUAAAGUAAUAUGGAAGUAGUUCUUUCAAACAUAAAUUUUUAUAUAAUUUAUUGAUUAAUAUUAUCAUUGA